GAAGACAUUUUUUAAAUUAUUAAAUUAGGUGGCAUAAAUACUACUCCAUAUAUACAUAUACCCUCCCAUUCGAUUAACAAAACAAAAUCACAUGCAAUUACUCCAUAUCUAUGGAUACUUCUUUCUCAUUUCCUUUCACACUUAACCUCUUACUUCUAAGCAUCUUCUUCUUCUUCACCCUCAUCUCAUCACUCGAUCUCACCACAGAUCAACAAGCUCUACUCGCUUUCAAAAAACGCAUAACGUUAGACACAAAUAAUGUCCUAACCAGCAACUGGCUCACCAACACCUCCGUCUGCGGCUGGGCCGGCGUCUCGUGCGGCGCCAAACACCACCGCGUCACCGCCCUCAAUCUCUCCGGCCUCGCCCUCGGCGGAACCCUCGCCCCGCAUCUCGGAAACCUAACGUUCCUCCGAUCCCUCGACGUCAGCUCCAACGACUUCACCGGCGCCAUACCACCGGAGCUCUCGAAUCUGCGGCGUCUCGAGGAGAUCGACGCCCGAUACAACAACCUCACCGGAGAAAUUCCGGCUGGCUUCUUCACGAACAUGUCUGCAUUGGUCGGAAUCGAUCUGAGAUUCAAUAAGCUGUCGGGAGAGCUCCCGAGUGAUCUGUGCAGAAAUACUCCCAAACUCAAGAGAUUGUUUCUGAGAGAGAAUCAGAUCUAUGGGAAGAUUCCGGCGAGUAUUUAUCGAUGCACGGAGCUGGAGGAUCUGCGGUUGGCCUACAACCAGUUCAGCGGCGAGAUUCCAACUGAGAUUGGGAAUCUGACCAUGCUUACCAUGUUAUCUAUAUAUGCAAACUAUUUCCAAGGAAAUAUUCCGCCGUCUAUCUUCAACAUUUCCUCGUUGGAAGUGAUGUAUCUCUCCAUCAAUAAUCUGUCUGGAAGCAUCCCCACGAAUAUGGACAAUUUACCCAACCUCCAACAGUUGUAUCUUAGUGAAAACAGCUUAACAGGUGGCAUACCAAAGGAGAUUGGACAUCUUACAUCCUUGAGUAUUCUGUAUCUUUAUGGAAAUAAUUUGACGGGUAAUAUACCAAAGGAAAUCGGGAACCUCACUUCACUAGUAGAGCUGAAUUUUGCUAUGAAUAAGUUGACGGGUGAAUUGCCGGAAGAGCUUGGUAAUCUACCAGACCUUGCGUUACUAUCUGCAGCCUUCAACGAUUUCUUGUUUGGUUCCAUCCCUUCUUCCCUAUUCACUUUAUCAAAUCUGCAGAUACUGAAUCUUCAAAGGAAUCAGUUUUCCGGCCGUCUUCCUUCAAACCUCGGCCUCUCGCUUUCCGAGCUUCGUCUGUAUGCCAACAGACUCACCGGCGAGAUUCCGGUCUCCAUCAGCAACGCUUCUCAGCUUACUGUUAUUGAAUUAAACAGAAACUCAUUCACCGGCGCCAUCCCCAAUUUGGGUAAUCUCAGACAGCUGCAAACCCUAGUUCUUUGGGAGAAUAAUUUCACAUCUCCCAAUCAACAUCUCUCAUUUCUGGAUUCACUGACAAACUGUCGGAAUUUGGAGAGAUUGGAGAUAUCGAACAAUCCGAAUAUGAAUGGGAAUCUCCCAGAUUCAGUUGGGAAUCUAUCUGCAUCCCUUGUCACGUUCUUAGCAUCCAACUGCAGCAUCAGAGGUGAGAUUCCUUCCGAAAUUGGAAACUUGAACACUCUGCAGACUUUGGAUUUAUCGAUGAAUCGACUCACCGGAUUCAUCCCCGCGACAAUCGGGAAAAUGGAGCAGCUCCAGAGGCUGCAUCUGCAUGAAAACCAACUGCAGGGAGACAUCCCUCAUCAGCUUUGCUUGCUUGGUAAUUUGGGGUACUUGUACCUUCGUGGUAACAUGCUUAGAGGUGUUGUACCUAGUUGUUUGGGUGGACUUCAGUUCCUUCUAGAAGCAUCCCUUGCUUCUAACAAGCUCAACUCCACACUCCCUCCUGAGUUCUUCAACCUUAAAGCUCUCACAAUCUUGGACUUAUCCUCAAACAAUUUAAUUGGUCAAAUUCCAAAUCAGAUUGGAAGUUUGAAAGAUAUCAGCUACCUAGAUUUGUCUUCUAACCAGUUUUCAGGCUCAAUUCCAAAAUCAAUUGGCAACUGCAAGAAUUUAGCAUACCUGUCUCUAUCAAACAAUAUGUUGAAUGGAUCUAUUCAGACAACAAUGGGGAACUUGGAGGGUCUUCUAGGGUUAUAUCUAUCAAACAACAGUUUGGAAGGAACAAUUCCACAGUUUCUAGGAAACUUGAGGUAUCUGCAGUUCUUGCAUUUGAAGGGAAACCGCUUUCGCGGCAUGAUUCAGACUACAUUUCCAAAAGGGUGUAGUCUUCAAUCACUCAACUUGAAUGGUAAUAACUUGGAAGGAGCAUUGCCUCAAUCCCUCACAAAUUGUGAGAGUCUGCAGGUUCUGGACAUCGGAAACAACAGAAUCCAAGGCCCCUUCCCGUCUUGGACGGAGAAUCUUACCAACCUUCGCGUCCUCAUUUUGACGUCCAACAUGUUUGGUGGCAUCAUUUCUCCACCAGUAUUUAGGUUUCCAUUCCUCAACCUGCAAGUUUUCGACAUAUCCCAUAACGGAUUCACAGGCGACUUGCCUGAUGAGUAUCUGAGGAAGUUUAAAGCGAUGAUGGAUGUGAAGGAAAAGAGGCUCGUGCGAGAGCAAGAUAAUUGGAUCUCGUUUUACACGGAUUCAAUAACGUUAACGCUGAAAGGGUUGGAGCAGCAAGUGGUGAGGAUCUUGACGGCCUUCACUACCAUCGACGUGUCAUCCAACAGAUUCACGGGCAGGAUCCCGAAUUCGAUAGGAGAUUUGAAUUCGUUGAAGUACUUGAAUCUGUCUCACAACGGCCUCACGGGAGAGAUUCCUGCAUCAUUUGGUGCGUUAACGGAGCUAGAAUCUCUCGACAUAUCAACUAACCAGCUCAGAGGAAGAAUACCGGUGGAGCUCGCGCGCCUCUCGUUCCUUUCAUUCUUGAAUCUUUCUUACAAUGGGCUUGUCGGAGCGAUCCCACAUGGCCGUCAGUUCCAAACAUUUUCCGCGGAUUUCUUUGAAGGGAACGAAGGGCUAUGUGGUUUUCCACUCAACAGAAGUUGCGGCGACACUGGUCGUGGAAGUGGUUCAACGGCGUCGGAAUCGAAAGAUGAGGGGAUAGAGUGGGAAUAUGUGAUUGCUGCGUUUGGUUAUGUUGUGGGAUUAGGAAGCAUUGCGUGGACGCUUUUAUGCCGGAGAAGCUUCAGAGAGAGAUAUUUCGAGAAAAUAGAAGAGGUUGUUGAUAAGAUAUUCUACGAGAGAGCGAGGAGAAAAAGGCAUGAAAGAAGAAUGAGAAGAGUAGAGAUGAGGAAUGAGAUUAGGAGACAGCGCCGAAGUUGAUGAUCUAUUUAAAUAUAGAAAACAAUUCUUUAUGCUAUAAAAGAGAUUACGUGUUUUGGUA